AUGUUUUCAGAAGUGACAGCUAGGUUAAUUUGAAGUAGUGCUCGGACAAGUAAGUUCCAAACUUAUGUUCAGUUGCGUCUGGAGAAAAUUUCAUCUUUGGUUUUAUACAUUUCUUCAGUUAAAUCGUAAGAGGGGAUUCGCCAAAGCUACGGGCUAGCUGUGUGAAAUUUGACAGAUAUUACAGCAUGUCUGCUUUAUCACUAUCCUGUUGGACUAAACUCCAGUUGAGACCACAGAACAUAAGGGUACUUUUUCAAAAGAGCGUCUGUGUUUGUCCAAACCAAGACUCCAGACACCACAGCUCUGGAAAGCUUCAAAAGAGGGCUGUUAUUACUGGCAUUGGGUUAGUAUGUCCUCUGGGCACAGGGACUGCUCUACCCUGGGACCGCCUGAUUAAAGGCCAGAGUGGGAUUGUUGCCCUUGACUCAGAGGACUAUAGGACAGUUCCCUGUAAGGUGGCAGCACUGGUACCCAGAGGGAAUGAACAGGGUCAGUUUAAGGAGGAAAGGUUUGCCUCUCGAGGGGACAUCAACAGCAUGUCAUCAGCCACUGUAAUGGCCCUUGGAGCUGCACAGAUGGCUCUGGAGGACUCAGGAUGGUACCCUGAUACAGCAGAGGAACAGCUCAAUACUGGGGUGGCUGUUGGCAUGGGCAUGGUGUCACUGGAUGAAAUUGCUCGCACCUCUACUGCAUUCCAAGAAAAAGGCUACAAUAAAGUCAGUCCCUUUUUUGUGCCUCGCAUCCUUGUCAACAUGGCUGCUGGGCACAUCAGCAUCAAGCACAAACUGAAGGGUCCCAACCAUGCAGUGUCUACAGCAUGCACCACAGGGGCACAUGCCAUAGGUGAUGCUGCCAGGUUCAUUACCCACGGGGAUGCAGUUGCUAUGGUUGCAGGUGGAACAGAAUCCUGUGUGGGGCCUUUGUCCAUGGCUGGCUUUGCCAGGGCACGCGCCCUUGCCACCAAAUGGAAUGACAACCCCACGCAGGCAUCACGACCUUUUCACCCAGAGAGAGAGGGCUUUGUGAUGGGUGAAGGAGCAGCAGUGCUCCUUCUGGAGGAGCUGGAGCACGCAGUGAAAAGAGGAGCCAGGAUAUAUGCAGAGAUUCUAGGCUAUGGACUCUCAGGGGAUGCCAGCCACAUCACUGCACCCACUGCAGAUGGAGAUGGAGCAUACAGAUGCAUGUCUGCAGCCCUCAGAGAUGCUGGCGUCUCACCGGCAGAUGUGACAUAUGUGAACGCUCACGCCACAUCCACGCCUUUGGGCGAUGCAGCUGAAAACGCCGCCAUCAAGAGGCUGUUCCAGCAAAACCUUGAGAGCCUGGCUGUCUCCUCCACCAAGGGAGCCACGGGGCAUCUGCUCGGGGCCGCCGGGGCCCUGGAGGCAGCGUUUACAGCCUUGGCCUGCUACCACGGGGUCCUGCCCCCGACGCUCAACCUGGACCGCACCGAGCCAGAGUUUGACCUGAAUUAUGUUCCCUGCACAGCCCAGCCGUGGCGGACUCACGGCCGCCGGGUCGCCCUGACGAACUCUUUCGGAUUUGGUGGCACCAACGCCUCACUGUGUCUCGCCAGCCUUUGAUGAGCAAUAUGCUUUCUUUACAUCUGGUGUGAUAGUGUCUGAAUGUUUUUCAGUAGAACUGAUCAACACUACUGCUGUUUUGUUUGUGUUUUUGUUUUGUGUUUUGUGUUUUUUUGGAGGAAGUUAUGACCUGACUUUAAGGAAAAAAUCCAAAAAGUCUUUCAGGCUUUAAACCCCCAAAGAUUAAAAUGUCGGAGGAAACCACUAAAUCCUUGUAAUCUUUUUUUUAGUUUUUUGUUUACAUCCAAAUGGGGAAAAUAAUAAUGAAUCUCAGAGUAAAUUGUAUUAUGAUCAGGCAAGUCAGUCUCUUUUUGGUGACUGGUCAAAAUGUUUGUAGAGAGCGGGGUUGCACUGGGGGACUUUGGACUGAUGAUUUCAUCAUUUCUAAAAUCCUGGAUAUGGCAAUGUCAGAGACUGGGUCUAUCUCUCUUAGACACAGUGGUGGAGGAAGUUUUCAGAUCCCUUUCUAAGUUAAAGUCCCAGUACUACAAUGUAAAAAUAACUAUUACAAGUUAGUGAGUUAAAGUGUUUGCAGCAAAAUGUACUUUAAAGUAUCAGAAGUAGAUGUAAACAAAGUUUUUGCCAAGAAAUGAACACUGUAACGAAUUGUUUACAUCUGACAUGAUUAGGUUAUAAAUGAUGCAUUAACGUGCAAGCAUCAUUUUACUGCUGUAGCUGCUCGAGGUGGAGGUAGUUUUAACUACUUUAUGUACAAUUAGUCAGUUUAAUCAAGUGGCUCAGAACUGAGGGGUGGAGCCCUGUCAAAGGACCACAAGAUAGAAGUGAGGAGCUGUUAGAUUAUUAAUCAGGCAGGAAACACGUCAGAACAAAUGUCUAACACAGUCAGUUUUUAGUUUUUUGCCACAAAUACUGGAUAAUUUGACACCUUUGCACCUUUAAUGGUUAUUUAAAUGAAACCAUGUGAAAAGUUUGAAGGAAAAAAUGUGUCUUUGUUGGAACUGCUAACAACUGAAACAUGAAACAUGACAAGAAGUCCCAGUCAGACACUGUCUUUGUUAGCAGGCACAAGAGAAAAUGUUGGGAGUCACUGGUUUAAUAUGUAACAAAGUGUUUUCUAUUUUAGAAGAAUCUUAAUCCAAAUAUGAAUAACUGUAGUUGCCAAAAGUGGUAGAGUACUUUGGCACGUUACUGUAGUAAAUGUACUCAAUUACUUUCCACCACUGCUUACCCAUAAGAUCC